AUGUUCCCCAAGGCAGCUCUGCUCACCCUCGCUCUCACCUUCGUCGCCUCCGCCUCGCCGGUCUUCAAGGAUACCCAGAACGGGAUCCGCAUUCCCCUCCAGAAGCGGAACACGUUGACCAAGGCUGAUGGCUCCUUCGACCGUGAGGCUGCCCUCCGGCAGAAGGUCAAGGUGCAGAACAAGCACCGCCAGAACCUAAUGACCAUCGACAGCAAGGUCGGUCUGGAGAACUUCAACCAGGGCGCGCACGUCCCCGAGUUGGCUGUCCUGCCCGCUUCCCUUCAAAAGCGCCAGAGCGCCUCCCUGACGGACCAGCAGAACAACUUGGAGUGGACGGGCACUGUGUCUAUUGGCACGCCCGCGCAGGAUUUCACCAUUGACUUCGAUACCGGCUCUGCUGACCUCUGGGUCCCGUCCUCCGACUGCAGCGGCUGCCAGUCUCAGGCUUCCUACAAUGCCAACUCGUCCUCGACGAGCAAGGAGCAGAGCGGCAACUUCCAGAUCCAGUACGGUGACGGCUCUACUGCCUCCGGCCCCAUCUACUCCGAUACCGUUGCAGUCGCUGGCGUGUCGGUCACUGGUCAGUACCUCUCCGCUGUCACCAGCGAGACCGGUGACCUUUCACUCUCUCAGCUGAAAUCGGACCCGUACUUCUGGACUGCUGUUAACCAGAAGGCCGUGGACCAGGGCGUGUUCGCCUUCAAGCUCUCGUCCAGCGACUCCCAGCUCUACAUCGGUGGCACUGACAAUUCGCUGUAUUCCGGCGACAUCGAGUACCACGACCUCUCGUCGUCGUCACAGGGCUUCUGGCAGAUCAGUGGUGCGAGUGCCGUCGUCAACAACAAGUCCGCAGUCUCGAACUUCGACACCAUCAUCGACUCUGGCACCACGAUUGCGUACGGUCCCCCCGAUGCCGUAAAGCAGUUCUAUGCUGCCAUCGACGGCUCGUCGGAGUACGACUCACAGAACGGCUACUACUCCGUCCCGUGCGAUUCCAUUCCGACCAUCGCCUUCUCGUGGGGCAGCAACAACUGGGAGAUCUCCUCGGACACCUUUAACCUCGGUACUACCUCUGACGGCAACUGCCAGGGUGCAAUCGCUGCCCAGGACCUCGGGCUCGGUGACAACGUCUGGCUCCUCGGUGACACGCUCAUGAGGAAUGUCUACACCGCAUUCUCGGUCGACAACAACGCCGUUGGCUUCGCUUCGCUCUCGUAA